UCAAUUCCUUUAUCUCCUUCUAUUUAUACUCCAAACUAUUUCCUUGCAUUUGCAUCUGCUUAUAAUAUUUUUUUUAAAUAUUUUUUAUGAUCGGUUAAAGAGUUUAAUAAUACAAGUCCUGCACGUCACAGCUUAAUGAAGAAAGUAGUAUUGAAAUUGGACCUAUAUGAUGACAAGGCCAAACAAAAGGCCAUGAAAGCAGUCUCUACCCUACCAGGAGUUGACUCAAUUUCCAUGGACAUGAAGGAUAAAAAACUAACAGUAAUUGGAGAUAUUGAUCCUGUAACUGUAGUCAGCAAAUUAAGAAAAGCAUUUCACACAGAGAUUUUAACCGUCGGACCGGCGAAGGAAGAAAAAAAAGAUGAUGCAAAAAAAGAUGGAGACAAGAAAGAAGGUGAGAAAAAAGAUCCAAAAGAUCAAGUUGCUGAGCUUGUCAAUGCUUACAAAGCCUAUAAUCCUUACAUGACUCAGUACUACCAUGUGGUGAGUGCUGAAGAGAACCCGAAUGCUUGCGUUAUAUGCUGAUAUAAUAAAUGAUUUUACGGGUUAAAUGUUUUUGCGGUUAUUAAAUUAUGGUGUUUUUAUAAAAUGAUUAUCGAUUUUUAAAAUUUUAUAUUUUAGUAAUCAAAUUUCAAAUUACCAACAAUGGUAAGUCAUUUAAUAUGUUUUUUUUGUAGUUUAUUUUUGCUUAAGUGGACGAUAUUUUAUUUAAAGUUACUUAAUGAAGUCCUUUUCCACGUAAGUAAUAUUUUUUUUUAAAUUAUUUAGUGAUUCUCCGUUGGCAAAAUUAUAAUUUGGUUAUUAGACUGUAAGAAUUUGAAAAUAAGUAACUGUUUUUAAAAAUAAUACUAUCAUUUAGUAACUGCAAAAAAAUUUAAUCCAUGAAUUUACAUAUAUUGUGGAUGGGAAUCAAUCAACUCAUCGGAGGAAAUGGGAUUAUUUUUUUAUUGUAUUUUUGAUGAUAGUGGGAUGAUUAAAUUAUGUCAAUAAUAGAAUGUAUAGAGGAUGGUGUAUAGAUUUAGAGAAUGAAUAAAUGAUAGUACAUUUUAAACUCAA